AUGAAAGUUUCCGAGUUCAACAACGGAACGUCCUACAAUGGCAUUCUCCCCACUCGUCCUGAUAUGAGCGAGGAUAAAGUUCUGAUUAGGUGAGCAAAGGUCCGUUUGGACAUGAAGGAGACUAACAGCGGCUCAGAAAAUACAAGAUGUACUCGAUCCUCUUCUUCAUCCUUUUCGUCCUUUUCCUCAUCACAACCAUUAUCGUGUCCGUCAUUCUCGGCAUCAACAUCAAGGCGGAGCACAGAAUGGAAGACGAUCUGGAAGAGUGCAUAAAGCUCCGUGACACCUUUCUUUUCAAAUCCAAUGAUCCGCCGCUGUUUCCUAAAUGA